GCAACAUGGAAGAAUAGACCAGGAGCCGCCAAAGGGCAUGGCUGGGCCAUCCACUCCAGCUUGCAGGCGGAACUGCAGGCAUGGCAAGCUAUGGCGUUCAGGCGAGAGAGCGAUCCGGCUCGCGGACGCGCCAGCCCAGCUGGAACCCCAUUCUGAGAUCAGCCGAGCAAUUUAAGUUUGGCUACGUCGGUGGGCAGGAAGCGCCUGGGAGGGCGCGUGAGCCUGCUGCAAGCAAAAAGGCGCCGGAGAAGCCGCCGGAGAGGCCUCUCCCGGAGAGGCCGGAGAAGCGGCCGGCGGUGCCGCGGUUCCGGCAUCCGCCGCGGGCGGAGCCGUCGGCAGAGGAGCUGGAGAGACGCUCCGCCGUGCCAAGGUUCCGGCAUCCACCCAAGCCUCCGGCAAGUGCUGCUGAGGAGGAGGAGCCUGCUUCAUCUCGACGCAAGCGUGGGGUCAAAAGUCAUGGCGCAGAAAGCCGUGGUCCGGAAAGCGAAGCAGACACGGAGUGCACCUGGUGUGGCCAGACCAUCAUGGGCGAAGCGGACCAUGGAACGUCAUGUGGGAUGAGGCCCACAAAGUGCAGGUUCUGUGGCCAGCUGCUGGUGGUUGCAACUCGCGACCAACAUGAGCGCAACUGUUCCGAGCGGGUGCACGAUAGCCGUCCAAGAAACAUGCGGGCGAGGUCAACCAGCCUGGACAGCUUGGCGAGCCGUGGAACGCCCAGAGGGCCAAGAACACCAAGAGCGCCAGGCACUCCCAGAGCGCCAGGAGCCCACAGAGCUGGGACAGGGCCCAGCGGGCCCAGCGGGCCCAGCAGGGCUGCGUCCAGCCGGGCGACCUCGAGCAUGGACGCUUUGGAGGUGGACCUCCGCACCCGUGCGCAGAGGCAUCAGCAGGCGGUGCAUGCCGCAACUCAACAAGCGAUGAUGGAGUCGGAUGACGAGGAUGGCACCCAACCGUCGAAUCCCAAGGUGGUCGCCUUGGAAGCGGAGUUUGAGUUCUUGGUCCAGCUUCUGCCGAGGCCAAGCGGGGGUGCAGCUUUGGCCUUGCUGGGCCAGUUGGAAGCUUCCAGAGGCGGCGGCGCUUUGGAUCGGCUCAUCGAUCUGCAGCGCCGCCACAGCGUGCUGGCCAACAUCCUGCGGCUGGCAGAUGCUCCACCUGGCCCGCCGCAGCUGAGUCCGCGCCUGCCCACAGGCCGCCCAGCAGAGCAGAGGCCCGUGUCCUCCUCGGCCGAGACGCCAAGGAGGCGCCCAGAGAAGUCCCUGCCUCCACUUGCGCUGGGCGCAGCCGCUUCCUCCCCAGGCACUCCCCGGGUGCACAGCUCGCGCGAGAGCCGCGAGAGCCUUUGCGAGCGGCUGAGCCAGGAGCCUCAGCCCGCGACCGCGCGCCCCGCCAGGUCCACCUCCCUGCGCAGCAUGAGCCGAGCGCGCAGCAUGAGCCAGCGCAGCUUGCAGAGCGCUCACAGUGAGCGCAGCGUACGGAGUGUCCGGAGCGCCCGCAGCGUCCGCAGCGUCCGGAGCAAUAAGAGCACCAAGAGCACUCGGAGCAAGCAAAACACAGCACGGGCACCAUCAGUCACUCAGGUUUUGAGGACUAGCCCUGGCCCUGCUGCCGUAGGCUACAGGGAGAUGUCAGUGGAGGAGAUGAAGGCCGAGAUAGAGCAGGAGCGCAGAAAGUACAUUCUUGAGCGCAUGGAUGGCUAGAUGUGAGCUGCAGCUUUGGCGCUUGGCGGAUUGGCCAGUGUCUUUGCAUGAGCACAUGUCAGCGUUCGGUUCUUGGCACGGCACAAAACCUCGGGUCACAAGUAUUGGCUUUGCGCUAUGGGUGCAACACUGUCGCCGUAGAAUGCAAGGAUGCGAACAACGCAUUGUUUACCAGCAUGGCUGCCUGCUGAAGACCAGCAGGAGGCCAGCAAGACAGCUGGCGAAGGCUAGCCCAAGAGCG